GAAAACCUCGGGCACACGAAGCUUGUCUUUAGACCAAUCUCCGUCUGCCUCCGGCCUAGACUUGUGACCCUAGGCCCUUUUGGGCUCCUCGGACCCAGCUAGCCAGACCCCAGACCCGAACCAUGUUCCCGGUGAAGGUGAAAGUGGAGAAAUCAGAGUUGGAGAUGGCCAAGGCCCGGAACCAACUGGAUGCUGUUCUGCAGUGUUUACUGGAGAAGAGUCACAUGGACAGGGAGCGUCUGGAUGAGGAAGCCAGGAAGACCCCCUCAGACACCCACAGCAAGGAUUGCUCCAUUGUGGCCACCGGCAAACGGCCAUCAGCCCGCUUCCCACACCAGCGGAGGAAGAAGAGGAGGGAGAUGGAUGAUGGGCUGGCUGAAGGAGGGCCACAGCGAUCUAACACGUAUGUGAUUAAGCUGUUUGACCGGAGUGUGGACUUGGCUCAGUUCAGUGAGAACACACCGCUGUACCCAAUCUGCCGUGCCUGGAUGCGCAACAGCCCCACAGUGCGUGAGCGCGAACGCUCACCCAGCUCACCGCUGCCCCCACUGCCUGAGGAUGAGGAGGGUUCAGAAGUCACCAACAGCAAGAGUCGUGACGUGUACAAGUUGCCUCCUCCCACAGCCCCUGGGUCACCAGGAGAUGCCUGCAGAUCCCGAAUUCCAUCCCCACUGCAGCCCGAGACACAGAGUACCCCUGAUGAUGAGCCCUCUGAGCCUGAGCCCUCACCUUCCACACUCAUCUACCGCAACAUGCAGCGCUGGAAACGCAUCCGCCAGAGGUGGAAGGAGGCAUCUCAUCGGAACCAGCUUCGUUACUCAGAAAGCAUGAAGAUCCUACGGGAGAUGUAUGAGCGACAGUGAUGUUCCCCUGACCCCACCCCACCCCAAUAAACAUUUCCCCUCUU